AUGCCUCUCCGUCCCCGGCCCUCCAGGCAGUGGUCGUUAAAGGACACUUAUGGUGAGUUCGCAAGGGGCAAUCAAGUCGCAACCGGUCGCCAGAAUGUCAGGCUCAUUAAUGCCUCUUUAGGGUUCAUCGCAACCUACAUCGAAGGCCAAACGCGAACGCAUGCUCAGAAAGCGUCCGGCGUGCCUGUGUCCGAGCCAGCGCGGCGUACAGAGAAGCAGAAUGCCGCAUCGAUAUCGCAGUCGCACGGUGUUCGACGAGGCUUCCACAACUACUUCGUGACACACCUCCCCUCCUCGUCCAUGCACCCAGAUUCGAGAUCAUCCCCUGGGCUACACCACAAACUGCCGCGCUCCGCUGCUGCCCCUCAUGUGCCGGGCCUAGGCUCUUCUCACCCGGCCGCGCCGCCGCACAUCCCGCCGAACCGCGAUCUGACCGUAGUCCGGAUACCGUUGCGCAGUGCUAAACAUCACUUCGGUGUCGCCGAAUCGAGAGGCCAACGUCCGUACCAUGAAGAUACCAACCAAGCGGGCACCCUCGACAUGCCUGCCUUCGCGAAGCGCACCCCAAUUAGUCUAGUCAGGACUGCCAUGAAAAAGAGCGGCGAAGGGACACCGGCAGAUAGUGCCUUUGGUGAUCCCCAAAUCUUCUACUUUGCCGUAUUCGAUGGCCACGGCGGCACCCAGUGCAGCGAUUUCCUCAGGGAAGAGCUUCAUGGCUACAUCGAGGAAGCUGCGGCCGAGUUCGAGUUGGGAAGCAGUCUAAGAAGCCAUUCGAGGGCUAAGCAGUUGGCUUUGAAUCAGCAACAGCAGCAGGUCCCUACGCCCAUAAUGGGAGAUGCCGAAGCCGGAGGGGAUGUGCAGCUGGAGAAGAUUACAAUAAAGCCAGCCGCGGAUGUCGAAGGCAAAGCUCAGAUUCCCGAGCAGGAUAGACAUGGGGCUAUUGCAGAGGUGGAGAAGGCGUCUGCUAUGGAAAGCUCCACGCCUCAGUCGGCCGAAGCCAACGAGCCCAAAGCUCUGAGGCUACAGAAGGAGAUCGUCAAAGAGUACAAGGACACAGUGGGCGGCUACUUUCGCCGCUUUAAUCCUCCACACUUCAAUCUCCGACAAGAGCCUGAUUCACCUGAAUUUGUAGUGUCUGUCGAGUCGGUUUUAACGUACGCCUUUUUACGCGCCGAUCUGGACUUCGUCUCGGCCCAGGCACGUAAGCCCGACCCCGACGACCCCUAUGUUUCUGACUCGGCCCUAAACAAUGAUGAAGUUCUGGGAAAGCCACAUCACAUGCCUCCGUCAGGGCAAGGCAUUCAGGGCCGCACGCGCUUCAAAGGCGGCUCAACGGCCUCGGUAGCCUUGAUCUCGACCCCGACGCCGGCACCCUUCUGGCAUCCCGCAGCGUCGAGCACGCUGCUGGUAGGCCACGUGGGCGACACGCGUAUCCUCCUCUGCGAAACCGCGACCGGCCUCGCGAAGCCGCUCACGAGCGAUCACCAUCCCAGCUCGCCCAGCGAGGCCCAACGUCUACGCCGCUACACCGCCUCCUUCGUCACCGAUUCCUUCGGCGAAGAGCGAAUCCAGGGCUUGGCCAACUCGCGAGCCUUCGGAGACGUAGGCUCAAAGCGCUUAGGGGUGUCGGCUGAGCCCGAGAUCACGCGCACCGAGUUGGGUCCCGCUCAGUACAGCUUCAUCGUGCUCAUGUCGGACGGUGUCUCGGGAACGCUCAGCGACCAGGAGAUUGUCGAUGUGGUCAAGGAGGCCAAAACGCCCGAGCAGGGCGCUCUGGAUGUCAUCAGCUAUGCGAUGGAAGUCACUAGUGACGGAGACAAUACUACGUGUCUGGUCGUUAGGCUCGGCGGCUGGGAGCGCAGGAGUGAGGGAGGCCUGGGGAGUCUGGGCACUAAGGAAAUCCGAGACUUUAGACGUAAUGAGGCUCAGGAUCCUAGAAGAGGGCGGAGGUAA